AAGACCUUUCUUGCAUAAAUAAACCAAUAAACUAAUUAGAGACUUAAUAUUUUUAUAAAAUAAAAAUUUUAUAGAGACUAUUGUCAUGAAUUUAAAGAUACAAUGACUAAAUUAUGAUAUACUGAAGUUUAAGGACUAAAUUAUUAUAAAAUUGAAAAAAUCGUUACAAAUCAAAAUUUAAUAACAAUUAAAAAUAACAAAGUAGUAAAUUUAUUGAAAGUAGGAUAUUGAAAUUAAACAAAAUUUUAAAAUAUAGAGACCCAAAAUGAAAUUCAAAGUUAUAUGUUCAUGAAACUUCCAAGAACAAGAAAUGUUGCUUACCCUUUUACCAAGAGCGCUUAUAAAUCCUUUCUGAAGACGUGGUAGUGGAGUGGCUUGUCUUUUCACAGAGCUCUCCCAUGGCUUCUCAAAGCCACAUAACACCUCACUUUCUUCUCUUCCCAUUCAUGGCACAAGGCCACAUGAUCCCCAUGAUCGACCUCGCCAAGCUUCUCGCUCGCCGUGGAGCCAUAAUCACCAUUGUCACCACUCCUCUCAACUCUGCCCGCUUCCACUCUGUUCUCACUCGCGCCAUUCGUUCCGGCCUUCAAAUCCAUAUUGUUGAACUCCAAUUCCCAAGCAACAAAGAAACUGGCCUCCCAGAAGGCUGCGAGAAUGUCGAUUUGCUACCUUCACUUGCUUCCUUUUCCCAAUUUUUUAGAGCAGUGAGUCUCCUUUACGACCCAUCGGAAAAACUGUUCGAACAACUCACUCCUCGUCCCAAUUGCAUCAUCUCUGACAUGUGCAUCCCUUGGACCUUCCAACUCGCUCAGAAAUUCCACGUACCUAGGCUCGUCUUCUACAGUUUGAGCUGCUUCUUCCUUCUCUGUCUGCGGAUUUUAAUCACUAACGUUGAUGCUGUGAAAUCCAUCCCUGAUUCAAAAUUCGUGGCUUUACCAGACUUGCCUUUUCCAGUUGAGUUUCGCAGGUCGCAGCUAUAUAAAUCCACCGAUGCUUACAUGACCCAAAUUACUUCAGCAAUGUUCGAGGCUGAUCGGCAGUCGUAUGGCGUAGUUUUAAAUGUAUUUGAGGAAAUGGAUCCAGAGCAUGUAACAGAAUAUAUAAAAGGAAGAGAAGCGCCUGAAAAAGUAUGGUGUGUAGGCCCUCUUUCGCUUUCCAACGACAACGAACUCGACAAAGUCGAAAGAGGCGACAAAGCCUCAGUCGACGGACACGAAUGCACCAAAUGGCUCGACGGGCAGAACCCGUCAUCGGUUGUUUACGUCUCGUUGGGCAGUCUCUGUAAUCUGGACACAUCGCAAAUCAUAGAGCUUGGAUUGGGACUGGAAGCAUCGAACAGACCAUUCAUUUGGGUGAUAAGAAAAGCAAAUCUAACGGAAGAUCUAGUGAAAUGGUUAGAGGAGUAUGAUUUCGAGGAGAAAAUACAAGGGCAUGGGAUAGUGAUUCGUGGAUGGGCUCCACAAGUUCUGAUACUGUCGCACUCUGCAAUUGGAUGCUUCUUGACGCAUUGCGGAUGGAAUUCGAGCGUUGAAGGGAUAUCUGCAGGGGUGCCGAUGAUCACGUGGCCGCUGUUUGGGGAUCAAGUGUACAAUUAUAAGUUGAUUGUAGAGAUACUGAGGGUGGGUGUGAGUGUGGGAGAGGGAACGGAUAUGCAUUGGGAAGAGGAAGAUGUGGGAAGGGUGGUGGUGAAGAGGGAGAAAGUGAAGGAAGCCAUAGAGAUGGUGAUGGAUGGAGAUGAUAGAGAAGAGAUGAGAGAGAGAUGUAAAGUGAUUGGUGAGAAGGCGAAGAAGGCGGUGGCUGAAGGAGGUUCGUCUCAUCGGAAUCUCAGCCGAUUGAUUGAAGAUAUUACUGCACAUGCUUUUGCCCAUGGAGGAAGCUUUGAGAAUGGAAGGUGUUGAUGCCAUUUGAAGAAUAAUAAGUUUUGUUUUGAGGAAUGCCUUUUCGUCUGCCUUUUCUUUGUAUUCAAUGAUGUAUUUGGUUUAUACAGCAUAUUUCCUCUCCAACGUGGUUCCACAAUAAUACAAAAAAAAUAAAAGAAUAAUUACACAUAGCUUACUUUGGUCGGUGGAGAGAAAUAAUUCUAAUAAAUUCUCAACAGAAUGUGGUGACUCAUUUCCGAUUA